AAAUAAAAACGUUCUAUACAAUCUGCAACUGGUUAGUUGUUAGGAGCACGAGGGCUGUAAAUGUAUUUGGAUUUGCUCUCUUGCUGGUGAAAGAUCUGCCACAGGUUUCACUUCCCUCUUUCACUCCAGCUCAGGAGCUGCUGCUUUCCUGACAGACAGAGAAUGAAGGCAUUACUGCAACCUUUCAAGGUCAGUGUGGACAUGGUGUCUCUGUGGUGUGUGUCGGCUCUGCUCAUUUUUCUCUCUCUGGGGGCUUCGGGAACUAACCCCGGAGUUAAAGUGAGACUCACUCAGCAGGGCCUUGAGUAUGGCCGUCAGAUUGGCCUUGUCACCCUACAGGAGAAGCUCAAAACCAUUAAAAUUCCAGAUCUGAGCGGCUCAGAGAAAGUGUCUCCCAUUGGAAAAGUCUCGUACAGUCUGACAGGUAUACAGAUCCUGAAUCUCGGCUUACCCAAGUCUUCAGUGGGGUUAGUUCCUGGCACCGGGGUGAAUCUGUUCAUUGGCGACGCCUUCAUUAACCUGCACGGCAAUUGGAGAGUCAAGUACCUCAAAAUCAUAAAGGACAGUGGCUCGUUCGACCUGUCCAUCAGCAGACUCAGCAUCGGCGUCACCAUCGGUGUUAAAGAAGAUGACACGGGGCGUCCGAGUGUCAGCAGUGCUAACUGUGCAGCCUCUGUCGGUGACGUCAGUAUCAAGUUUCAUGGAGGUGCCAGCUGGCUGUAUAACCUGUUUAAGAGCUACAUCGAUAAGGCUCUGCGCAGUGCGCUACAGAAACAGAUCUGUUCUCUGGUGGGUGAAGCCAUAGACGAGAUGAAUCCCCAUCUGAAAACUCUUAACGUUCUGGCUCACGUUGACAAGUACGCUGAAAUCGAGUAUUCCAUGGUGGAGUCUCCGCUCAUUUCUAAUUCCAGCAUCGAUCUCAGCUUAAAGGGGGAGUUCUACAACAUCGGGCAACACCAGGAGCCUCCGUUCUCCCCGACACCCUUCUCUCUGCCUGCUCAGGACAGCAACAUGCUGUACAUCUCAUUAUCAGCUUUCACCCUGAACUCAGCCGGCUUCGUGUACAACAACGCCGGAGUGCUGGAACUCUACAUAACAGACGACAUGAUCCCAUCCAGUUUUCCUGUUCGACUGAACACAAAGACAUUCGGGACUUUCAUUCCACAAAUUGCUAAGCAGUACCCUGGACUGAUGAUGAAGCUCCUGGUGAAGGCCGCAAAGGAGCCAAACAUCUCAUUUGAGCCCAACAACAUGACGGUGCAGGCAAGCAGCACAGUUACAGCCUACGCUAUUCAGCCUAACGCCACACUGUCUCCUCUUUUCAUCCUCAGCUUGAAUGCCAGCGUGAGCGCUCAGAUUUAUGUCAGCGGCCUCAAAGUGGCUGGAGUUUUGAGUCUCAAUGAAAUGGACAUGACAUUGGUGACAAGCUACGUGGGACCGUUUGAGGUGAAAUCACUCGACAGUUUUCUCACGAUGAUCGUAAAAGUUGUCGUGAUACCCAAAGUGAACACUUACUUAAAGCAAGGCUAUCCUUUACCAUCUAUUGGAAAAAUGAAUCUGCUCAACACUCAGCUUCAAAUCCUGAAGGAUAACGUGUUGAUCGGGACGGACGUCCAGUUCAGCGCAUGAGCUUGACCUGAUGUCUACUAACAGUGGAUUCCAUUUGAAAGCUUGGAUUUUCUUUAUUUUCUAUAUAACAAUCCAUAAUCUUUGUAGGAGUUCAUGUAUAAAUAAAUAAACAUGAUUUUU